CUUUCUCUAUUUAUUGAGUUUGUUCUGUUUUCAGUGAUAAAGCCAAUUUUUUUUUGACUUUGGAGAGAGGUUUAAGCCGUCUUAAGUUUUCGUUUUCAAAGUCUCUGCAACAUUUAUUAUUUUAAUGUCCUUGGCAUGUUAUGCUGAACUGGACUGAAGCCUCUGUUUUGCUCUCUGCUGUAAACAAAAUUUAACUAAUUGGUCUUGUCUUACUCUAAAUUUUGCUGCAAAAAGUUCCAAACAAGCGGCAUUAUCAUUUGCCAGAAUCCCAAUGAGGUGAUUGAGUGGAGACUUGUAACAAAGAUUCACUGACAAAAAUUGGAAGCCUUUUACCAAACCCAGAAAAUGUUCAAGGCAUGGAGGAAAGACAAGGACAAGAUCAAAGCUGUUUUCAAAUUGCAGUUUCAAGCAACUCAGGUGCCACGGUUGAAAAAAUCAGCUGUGAUGAUAUCUUUGGUGCCUGAGGAUGUUGGAAAGACAGCUUUUAAACUGGAGAAAGUUGCAGUCAAGGAUGGAACCUGUUUGUGGGAAAGCCCAAUCUAUGUAACAGUUAAACUCAUAAGGGAUUCUAAAACAGGAAAAAUCCGUGAAAAAAUCUACCAUUUUGUUGUUUCAACUGGAUCCUCGAAAUCUGGUUUUCUCGGUGAAGCUUCAAUUGAUUUUGCAGAUUUUGCAGCCGAAACAGAACCAUUGACUGUAUCUCUGCCCCUUAAGUUUGCAAAUUCUGGUGCAAUUUUACAUGUGACAGUAGAGAAGAUGCAGGGAGCCACUGAUCAGAGAGGCAUUGAAGGAAAUGGAGAUUCCCCUAGUUGGAAGAAUCGAGAGAGCGAUUAUAAUACAGAUGGAGCAAAACAAAAUUCUGAAGAAGAUGGGAAUUUGAAUACUAAUCCAUCUCAGAAUGCCAACAAAACACACAGCCUCAGAGCAUCGACCAGUUCUGGUGCUACAUUGGCAUCCAUCUGGGACAGCGAUUCGGAGCAGAAUAAUCAGCAGGACUCUGCAGGCAUCCAGCCACCUGUUAGAAAAAAUUCUAUACCUCCUCAGGGAACAGCCGAUGCCAUUUCAACCAAAAAAUACUUGCACCAGAGAUUAAACACAGACUGGUCAGUUGGUUCAGUUUCAGAUGAAAGUUUAGUAGACUCCACAAAUAGCCUUGAAGAUAACCUUCCAAGAGAUUUGCAAGAUGCAUCAGACGGUUCAGUUUCUCAUCUGAAAAAUGAAUUGGCUGCUAUGCUGAGGCAGGUGGAAGUAUCGGAACUAGAAUUACAAACUCUUCGGAAACAGGUUGUGAAGGAGAGCAAACGAGUGCAGGAUCAGACAAAUCAAAUCGCUGACCUGAUUGAGGAAAGAGAUGAACUGAAAACAGAAUGUGAACAACUUAAGAGACAAGACUCUAUUGCUGAGGCAGAAGCCGAAAGCGAACUGCAAUCUGAGAAGGAGCAUUUAAGGGUUGAGCAAGAAGAAAUUAGACAAGAGCUCAACCAUCAAAAAGAAAUUAAUGCCAAUUUUCGGUUGCAACUGCAGAAGACACAAGAUUCAAACUCUGAGUUGAUCAUUGCAGUGAAAGAUCUCAAUGAAUUGUUGGAGCAGAAAAAUAGGGAAAUAUCUGCUCUCUCCUGCAAGAUUGAAGAAACAAAUAACCAAGGUCAUAUGAGAGAGGAACACCUAUUAGAGCUCAAAGCCAACGUACAAAAUAAUGAAGAAGAGGUAGAAAUGUUGAAGCAAAAGAUCAUAGACCAAAAUGGUGAAAUAGAGUUUUACAGAAAACAUUCGAAGGAGCUAGAGAUGCAUGCGAAACAACUCACCGAGGAAUGUGAGGUCUUAAAACAAGAAAAUCAGUAUCUUUCUUCAAAGUUAGAGGAAAACUGGCUCCAAGAAUCGAUAAAGACGAGUGAAUGCUUGGAACUUUUGGCCACUGUGGAGGAACUUGAAUCACAAGUAGAGAGACUGGAGGAAAAAAUUAAGCAGCAGUCACAAGAGUACUCAGAAUCUUUAAUAGUCAUUAAUGAACUUGAAAGUCAAGUCAAGGAAUUUAAGCAAGAACUAGAGAAGCAGGCCCAAGAAUUUGAAGAUGAUCUGGAUGCUGUGACACGUGCCAAAACUGAGCAGGAACAGAGGGCUAUUCAAGCAGAGGAGACCCUAAGAAAAACCAGGUGGAAAAAUGCUGUUACAGCUGAGCGGCUGCAGGAUGAAUUCAAGAGGCUUUCUGUGGAAAUGGCAUCUAAAUUUGAUGACAGUGAGAAGGUGGCAAUGAAAUCAAUGACAGAAGCAAAUGAACUGCGCAUGCAGAAAAAAGCCCUUGAAGAAAUGCUGCAGAAAGCCAAAGAUGAGGUUGGUGUAAUUAAGAAUCAGAAUGUUGAGCUUUCCAGCCAAAUAGAGCAAAUGUCUUUGGAAUUAGAUCAUAAGUCAGAGCAGCAAGAAGCUUUCUCAAUGGAGAUUCAAACACUGAGGACUAAGAUAGAGAACCUUAAAAGGGAGAAGCAUAACUUCUCUGAGGCAGAAAAAUGCACAAAGCAAGGAGAUGAAACUGAUAUUCUAAUACAAAGAUGGAAUAAUGAAAAGGACGAUUUGGAGAAGAAAUUUGCCUUAGCAAAGAAGGAAGCAGAAAAAGCACAUAAAGAAUUCAUUUUGAUGAAGUCUUUGAAGGAUGAAAAGGAAAUAAUGAUAGGAAAUUUGCAGUCAGAAGUCGAGAAUUUAAGAGUUCAGCAAAGUGAACUGAAAAGUAGCUUGACUGAGGAAGAAUUCAAGAAAGAUAGCCUGAGAAAACAGGUAACUCAGUUGAAGGACGAGCUACAGAACGGUCAAGCUCCAAUGUCAGAUAUGCAAAUUAUAUCAAUUUUGAAAGCAAGAUUGGGAUUGCAUAAGGACCAAUCAAAAGGGAAGGAAGCAGCACCAGAAACUCCAUUGAAUCCAGCUCUUCUGAAAGAAAACAAUCUCAGUAUCAUGAUUAAAGAACUAGUGAGCAUCAUGGAACAGAUUGAAGUACCACCAUUUGAUGGGUACAAGCAUUCAAUUAGGAAGGAUGAAAUGCUCUCUAAGAAAGGUCUGAAAUUGCCCACUUCCCAUUCCAGAGAUGAGGGCAACACUGAAAUGUUAACUCAAUUAACAACACUGAAGGAAAGAAAUAAAAGUAUGGAAACUGAGCUGAAAGAAAUGCAAGAGAGAUAUUCAGAAAUAAGUCUCAAAUUUGCUGAGGUGGAAGGUGAAAGGCAACAACUUGUAAUGAUUGUAAGAAACCUCAAGAAUGGUAAGAAGAACUAGAAUUAGCAAAAUACGCAGGAACUGAAUUUUGAAAAUUUUCAAUGAAUGAAGUGGCCUGGCUGAAUUCUUUGUGUACAAA